UCCAUCGCCGACUCAGCAGUACAUGUGAAGAACUGACAUCGAAAUAGGGGUUUUCAACUCGAUCGCAAAGAAGAAAUACAUUUCAAAAUGACUGAUACGAAAUCCAGUUUGGCCCGUGAUGGUACCAUGCAGGUUACUGCCAAGGAGGGUAUUGAAUACUUGGAGGCAUCGGGUAAAGAUAGGCUGUUAGAGAGGCAGGGCCUGAAGGAGCCAAAGGCUGACAAACCUGUUGUGGCUCGGGAUGGAACCAUGGUGGCAACAGCAAAGGAAGCUGAUGCUUUAUUAGGUAAUAACAGACCGGAUGACGACGCAAAGACAAGAGGUCAGAAUGUGAAGAUUCAGGAUAUGGCUAAGGAAGAACCGCCCGCUAAGAAACCCAGAAUGGCCAAGGGAGUAACAAUGAUUGGUACUGCUCAGGAGGCUGAACAAAUUCUGGGCGGAAACAAACCUGAUGCUGACGCCAUGACUCGCGGCCAGCAGAAGAAAAUUGCUGAGAUUUCAAAAGAAACUCCCCCGACCCCUACGAAAAAAUCUCGCAUGUCCAAGGAAGGCACAAUGGCCGCCACAGCUAAGGAAGCUAAAGCAUAUUACAUUGGAAAGGACAAACUUGGGGACACAAGGUCAGAAUCCAAAGCACUGAAGCAGACUGCAGCUGGAGCACCAAAGAAAAUGACAUCUAUUGCCAAGACAAUAGGAGAAGCGGCCUAUGUUGUUCCUGAUAUCAAUGUAAAUGAAGGUAGAAAAACGAGAUCUCAGUCAAACCCUAAGCCAUCAAUGAAGCGUGCCGGAACCAUGCAGCAGACAGCCAAAGACGGCAAAGAGUUUUUAAAACGUGGCAGGAAGUCAAAGAAGGCUGCCGCAGAAAAAAUUAUAGAAGACGCUGAAGAAGAGGAGGAGGAGGAAGAUGACGAGUAGAUAAUUCCUUCUGACAAUUCAUUUGUUGAAUCAUUUGAAGUUGAUUGUAAAAUAUGUCAUCAUUUACUAGCGAAAUUCUUGAUAUUUCUUCUAUAUGUGAAAUCCCAAGGAUAUACAUGUGAGUUCUUCUUGACAUUUGUUUAGAUGGGUGAAUCAAAGAAGUAGAAUUUGUGUUUGUAUAUGGUUUUCAUCUUGAGUUGAAAGUGUAGUGAUGGUUUUUCAAAUACAGAAAUGAACAUCACCAGGUUUUUGUGCACUUACAUAUUUAUAAUUGUACAUUGUAGCAUUUUCUUGUGAAUCACACAUUGACUGAUUUCACUCAUUUUGUGAGAUUUCCAUAUAUACAAUUUUUGUACGUUUAAUGUGGUUCUUUCCUCCUUCUUGCAUCCACAUUGAAAUAUUUUAAAUGUAUUUUUUUUCCCCGAGACCCCAUUCUGGAAUUGUGUUAGGUUGUCUAAAUCAGGUAUAGAUGAUUUGUUCAACAUGUGCUGUCUGAACCAUUUCAGGCAAUUUUUUAAUAGUUUUUGCACAUCUAGGAAAUUAAGGGGAGACAAUCAAUUGUCAAAGGAAGACAUCCAUGUUGUUACUCAGUAAAAUGAUACAAAAAUGAUAUUUAUGAUAGAUUUUGAUUCAAUUGAAUGGUAUUUAAUGAACACAAUGUAAAUUACAUUCGUAAGGAAUUUGUUGAAUCAUGUGAUCUGUAUUUUCGAUUAAUUGUGAUUGUGUUAGACACGGCAUAUACAUUAUUUUUUUCUAUGAAUCUGUGAAAAAAAGGGAAUAUGAAAUGGCAGCAACUAUUUGCAUAGAAUAAUCAUGUAGUGUCAACAUUUCUUGUUUUUGUUUGCAUUUGUUUUGUUCAUUAUUUUAUCAAAGAAUAUCUUCUAUAUUUAAAAGGUAUUAUAUAUAAUAUAUGUUUUACACAUUGAAUAAAAUUGAAUUUUCCAUGAACUUUUUACAAGUGCAGUAUAAAAUAUCAAGCACUGUGAGUAUUAAGUUCAUAUUCUGUAUUAGAUUGAUAAUAUCUCAAUACGAUCAAAAUUAAUUCUUAUCAUUAAACUUUUGGGGGUGGGAGAAUGCAUUCGAGUAGAAGGUUUAGUUUUUCAACUAUUAAUGAUUUUUAAAUAAAAUACAAUAAAAUGUUGUAUAUAUAUAUAUACUGUUAGCAUACCAGUGUACAAGCUAUUUUUAGGGCUGAAUUUCAUUGUGAUUGCUUUAUGUGAUAUGAUUUUAUCACAUUCUGGUUGUAUCUUUAGCAUGUGGAUACAGUUACAGGUUGUGCUUUACACUGCUACAGUUAGCAGUGUUCGUACCCAGCCAUGAUCAGUUUUAGCAUUUUUUUCUGUUCUAAGGCAUUUUUCAUUUCCUUAUUCCAUUUCAGAAUACCAAUCACAGCACAGCUUAGACACGGCACAUUAUCCUGUUAUAGCACUGAGCUCUGAUCAGUAAGGGUGAACGUAUAUCAUUAUUGUAGAAACCACUUCCUAAAUAUUUUAUGUACCCAGCAGGUAGAUUUUUCUGGACAUUAAAAUUUUUCACAGAAAUGACUGACAUGACCAGCGCACAGUGAAAGUAUCAUCGCAGUGAUUUAUCAAUUUACAUUUGGUUUACACUCCCUAACACUCAAUGUUUUAAGAGUUUAUAAAUGUUGGUAUGAACCCAAACCAUCAGAGAAUGUAGGUCAUGUUGUAUUUCAUUGUUGUAUCUUUAUGUGAUAAUUUCAACCAUGUCGUACUAACAAAUAUUUUAUCAUUAACUACAUUCUAUUCAAGUCAUGCAUGUUCAUCAUAUGAAAAGAAAACAUUUACUGUCGUUCACAUCAUUUCAAAACUUAAUAUCAAAACAUGGAUAUAUUUAUGCCAUCGUUUGUUUACAUGCAUACAUGCAUUUUUUUAUAAAAAAAAUAUAAACGAAAAUAUAUGAUUCUAAAUGCCAUUUGAAUAUUUGCUUCUUUGUGCUGAAAUUUUGUAUUAUCAGCUAAGAGCUUGUUUGUUAAAAAACCUAAUUAGUUAAUUAAUUAAUGUGUCUGUAUGAUUUAACAGUAAUUAGUAUGUUCCAGCUUUUUCAUGUGUAAAUAUUUCUACCAUUGAUAUUUGCACAUAUAAUUAAGGUUAUAUGCUACCUUGCCUAAUGAAUAUUUAAGUGAUUUUUGAUAGAAGGAGAGCCACAUUCUGAUAUAACUGUAGCUUCAUGUUGUAUUAAAUUCAGUAUCCUAAUUAUUAGAAUUUAUUCUGACAUGGAUUUAAGAGUAAAUAAUUAUUUCAUCAAGUAUUGUAGUAUUUAAAAAAAAAAUGAGCUGCACAAUUAAAACAAGACUUUUUAGCCAAAGAAAUGGACAUAUCCACUUUAUAUAUCAUUUAUCUUAAUAUUUCAGGAACAUGUGUUCAGAUUACUUCAAAUUUUUUAAAAUUAUUUUUGAAGAUAAAUGGCCCUUUCCUGUCUAUUUGUUCAAUUACUUUUGAAUUAUGUAUUGAUAAAAAUAUCUUGAUUAAUGUAAAUUUAAGGAAGCAUAUAUCCUUAGUUAGCUACACAGAUAUAAUUGUUUAUCUGAUUGAGUUUUUAACAUCAUUGCUUGUGUAACACUGCCAUCAUUCAUCAGGAAAAUGUACGUUCAGCUGUAUUUAUGAAGAAAGAAAAUCCAUUUAUCCAUGCGACAAUUCUGUCCUGAAUGCAUUUAUAGUGUGGAUGUCCGUUGUUUGGGUGAGAGGACAUUUAAUGAUCUGGGUAUAUGUGUUGGUGGUAGAAUUGUGAAGCAGAAAUCUGAUUCAUACUCGGAGUAAGAUAUGAAACGGUCAUGUUUUAUUUUCAUAGUGAUUUUUAAUCAUAAUUUUCUAUAUGAUGACAUAAGUAUAGAAUGUUUUACUUGGAAAGAUUUUUAAUACAUCAACAAUUUCAUAUCUUUUAUCAUGUUUGCAUAAAGAUUAUGUGUGACUUGGACAUAUACAUGUACAUGGUAUACGGCCAGGUUCGUCUUCAUUGUCUGUGCAUUGUAAAUUCAUUUAUUCAGAUAUUUGUUUCAAAAUGAGUUCUGCAAUAACAAGGUUCCCUGUCAAAAGAACAUAGAUACAUAUUUAUCGUUUUACAAUAGAAAGUUGUUUCAGUUUUUCAAAAAAAUGUUAAUUAUAGUUAAAUAUACUGGGUAUAUAUGAUAAUAUAUAAGUAUGAAAAUUUUACUUGUUUUCCCAGAAACAUUUUAACAAGAUGUCUAAUGUUUGAAUAAGGUAAUCCAUCAGUAUCUGUGAUACAAAGACACCUGUUUUAUACAAAAUGCUUGAUAAAGCUUAUAACUUUUAAUGUUUAAAUAUAUAGGUUAACUUUCUGAUAUCAGAAUUAGCCUUAGCAAGUUGUUAAUUAAUUUUUGAAUUUAACGGAUAAAUAAUUUAUAUUUAUCUCUUUAUAAAUUAUAAAGGUAGAUUAAAUUUGUCAUAAACCAGAAUGAAUUCAAUUUAUUUUUUGUAUAUUUAUUCUACUUUGUUUCAAGUAUCAGCAAUUUUAUAAGACAUUGUUACCGGUUUUCAUUUCAGUGUAAAAUGUGAGAUGUAUUUUAUCAAACAUGACUGAUUUUGUAAGUGAAUGAAACAAAUUAAAAAAAACUAUUUAGCAAAU